GUCGCUCGUGUCUGUUUUCGUUUAUUUGGCCCUCUUUUUUCGAUCCGCCACUGUUCGUCCAGAGAGGAGAACCAAAGGAGAAGCAAAACCCUAGCUUUUUCUUCUUCGUUCCCCUCACCGAGAGACCAAGAAUGGCCGACGGAUACUGGAGGUACAGCGACCCGCGCCACCAGGCGGCGGCCAUGGCCGCUCCCGCGGCUCCCCUGAAGCGCGCCCGCCCCGAUUACGCCGAUAUACCUGGUGGCCCGGAAAUGCUUGGUUAUUAUUCUCGUGAUGAAGAAAGGACAGGGCACCGUGCAAUCAGAGAUACUGAAUCAAUUGCAGCUUCCUAUGAUCGUUACUUACGCAAUGGGGUUUCUUCUUUUGGUGCGGGAGAAUCAGUCAGGACUGUGGCUGGAGGAAUGACUAGUCAUCCUGUCGAUGAUCGGCGCAUGAUGGGUGUUGGGGGAAUGGAUGGCCGGAGUGUUGGAUAUGGUGGUGGAAGGCCUGAACCUCCUCUUGGGGGAAUGGAUGGCCGGAGUGUUGGAUAUGGUGGUGGAAGGCCUGAACCUCCUCUUCCUCAAGAUGCCUCAAACACAUUAUUUGUGGAGGGCCUUCCUGCAAACUGCACCCGCAGGGAAGUCUCUCAUAUUUUCCGUCCCUUUGUAGGUUUUCGAGAGGUGAGACUCGUAAACAAGGAAUCAAGACAUCCUGGAGGAGAUCCACUUGUCUUAUGCUUUGUUGAUUUCUCCACCCCUGCCCAAGCUGCAGUUGCUUUGGAUGCAUUGCAAGGCAAUUUGAUAUAUUUGGCAUGGAGAAUGGGCUUGUUAAUAGGAUCAGUCUCCACCAACCAUGAUUUACUCUUGCUUGACAUUGGCCUCAUCAAUUGACUAAAGAGUAAUGCCAUCUUCGCAGCGACACCAAUCGACCAUGCUUGUAUGUAAUCUACGGGCCCAAAAGUAAAUGAAGAUGAGGUGUUAAAAAGCAUGGUCCUUACAGGAGCACCAAGACGUUCUUCUAUCGAAGUUAUUGGGUCGGUAGAGUUACUGCUAGUGCCGUGGAUUCGAAUAUUUUAUAGCUCAAUGUUCUCUACCUGGACACAAUCAUGAGUAGGAAUGAAAAUAGUUUUCCUUCCAAGCCAUGUUCUUUCAGCCAGGUUCGUGAUUUGGUAGAGUUUCUGCUAGUCUUGUAAGCUUUGAACAUCUUAUAGCUUAAUAUGCUCGACUUGAACAUGAUCACGAGCAAGCAUUGAGCAAGCAUGUAUACAUGCUUUCUGGGAAUUUGAAAUAUAUUAAAUUGUAACCUCUGAG